AUGUCACGGCUCUUCAUUCUUCCCGGAAUAUUUGCGAUCUCAUCGCUAUCCCUUUGGUAUAUGAUAUGUUCAGCACCAGGCUGGGAAAGUGAAGGUGGUUUUAUUCUUCCGAAGCAGUUUGAGAACUUCACAGUGCUCGCCGAAAAGUUUCGUCGCUAUAAGGAUGAUCAUUUUGGAUAUAUCACCACGCUCUUCAUCUGUGCCUAUUUGUACAAACAAACGUUCGCAAUUCCGGGUUCAUUUUUCCUAAAUGUCAUAGCCGGAGCAGUCUAUGAUUUCUGGUGUGGAUUCCUUCUUUGUUGCAUGUUAACCACAGGCGGGUCUACUCUGUGCUAUCUGUUUUCUGAGCAGUUUGGUCGUGAAUAUGUUAUGUAUUACUUCGGGCAGAAACUCACUUAUUUGCAACAGAAAAUCGACGACAACUCCAAUCGUUUAUUGCCUUUUCUUCUAUUUGCACGGAUUUUUCCGAUUUCCCCGUCGUGGCUGCUGAACAUAGUGGCACCAUUCCUCAAUAUUCCACUGAGGAUCUUCAUUAUUUCAGCUUUCAUAGGUUUGGCUCCUUACAACUUCAUAUGUGUGCAGGCAGGUUAUAUACUUUCCGAACUGCGCUCUUGGGAUGACAUUCUGAGCACGUCGACCAUGUUGAAGUUAUUCUCCAUUGCCCUCCUACCGUUGGCUUAUGCUAUAUACGUUCGACCACAGGCGCAGAAACAUCAGGUAAGAUCUUUAAACGUUCAGCAAAUGUUCGAAACGAAAUAUUCCACUGACUAA